UUCUGUUGUCGUCCUCUGUGUUUUCAGUUUUUUUAACUAAACUUUAGUCCUAUUUGUUUGAAAUUGCAAUUAUUAUAUUACUUACAACUAAUAUGUCUUUUUCCGAUCUAAAACAUUCUUUGCGAAAGUAUGACUUUCCGGCUUGUGCAAAAGAAGCUCUUAUCAAAAUAGAAAUGUUGCUGGUUGGGCGAGCAGCACCUACAAACAAACAGCUCGAUGUAGCCAUGGAUAUAAUAUCAGAGUUCGUGUUCUGUGAAACGGAUAGACGUGGAAACAGACGAGGUCUGAACCCCUUACAGGAGUUACAGCUCAUUGAUAUCAUCUGUGACUAUAUAUCAGCUUGUACCAACGAGACUACCAAAAAUACAAUAUUUUUAUCUCUGUUUGGCAGUAUGGAAAGUCAGAGGAAGUUGAAAAUUUUAAGUAUUUUGGCCAGUAUGGCUGUAUCAGCCUCUAGCACACCUGUAUUGUUAGCUGUAGGUGUGUGGCUUCAACAAAUGGGAUCAUCAUCACCACAAUCUUUGCAGUUGGUUGAAAAUGUUAUCAGGGAUCAUUUUUACCUCAACACAUCCAAUCAGACUGCCCUUAAGGUUUUAGCGAAAACAGCUCCACAAUUUGUGUCCAACUUUAUAACAGCUGUCACAGAGCUUUAUAUGCACGACUUGCAAAGGGUUAAAAAGAUGCCCCCUAAGAACUUGUUGGAAAUUAUCACUGCCUGGGUAUACUCAAACCCCACACUGUGUAUGUCUGCUCAGUUGAACCCUGCGUCUCUACCUAAUGGGUCAAUACCUAUGGGUGCAGUCACCCCGCUUGCUGGCCUGAUACACUGGUGUGCCCUGGCCCCUCUUUAUAUUGAUGAAGACACAGAAAUAGAAGAACUACCCAUAAAGCGAAUCAAACUAGAGGAUGAGAAGUUGCCAAUCAUUAAAUCAGUACCCAGCAAGUCCUUCACAGAAGCAGAGUUGUAUGUGAAGCUACAUCUCGGAGUCCUCCACAGCUUGCGGGCUGGGCGGAGGACCCACGGGCCGCCCACUGCUGUCAAUGCUCAACAUUUAGCUGCUCUGACACCAUUGGUGCAAAACUAUGCUCACCAACUAUUGAAGUGUGGUGUUAAGUUACAAAAUGAUACUAAGUUGCAGGACUGCUUAGACAGAAUGGGUCAAUCAGUGCAGGUGGCACUCGCCAAUGGUUGUGUAUAUGGCAACAUCAGUAACCUGCUGGCUGCUUUAGACACGUUGCCAGAGAACAGGCUCCUGCGCAUUAUUAUCAAGUGCCAUCAACAAAGCAUAUGACAAGUCCUUUGAUUAGAAGAGAACAGUAAAGAUGACAGUGAGAAAAAGUGACUUACUAUGAAACAUGUGAUAGAUCAUAAAAAAUAAAUCACAAAAUGUGACUAUGAAGUGAAAUGUGACUUGUUGUAGAAUUGUAAUUUGAAUGAAAUUCUAUACAUACUGAAACACACGUGAAUUGAAUAGAAGUAGGCGGUAUAUAACUUAGGUUCAUUAUGAUUGGUAAUUAAUUGAUCUCUACAAUGUCCAGACAUAGCAUUUGUAUAUUGUAAAGAUAUUGUUAAGUUUCCUGAAGAUGCUUCAGUUCAGUGUCUGGUAGUGGUGUUGGUGAUGAAUAUUCAUGAAUGACAGAGAGACUCGUGGAAAUAGGAUUACUGUAGAAUAUCUAUUCAAAAAGCUACAUAUAUAAAAUAAAAGUGAAAAAAGUAAAAUUACUAUCUUAAAAUUAAUAUUAUAGAAAAAGAAUUAUCAGCCAAGCUUCUUACCCUUUACAGAACCAUAAUGCUUACAUUGUGCAUAUUAUGCAAGUGUCGCCGCACACAGGCCACACGCAAUAGCCACAAACGCCGCCACAAGAAGCAAGAAGGAACCACAAAAGUAGCUGAAGCACGCAACAGCCACUUGUGGCCGGUGUUUGACACUUGCGGUUGGUGGCUGCUACUCUUCUAACCUGUCCAUGCAGUAUUCAACCUUCUUUGGUUGAAGGUUGAAUUGUGCUGCUUUUGAUAAGAAAACAUUGCCAUAGAAGACGAAUCCGCAGUUAUUGGAUACAUCCAAUUUGAACAGUGCAGAAUUGUGUGAGUGGCGUGUUGCAACGUUUUGUAUUGGUGUGGUACAAAAUGUACGUCCAUCUCUGAAAGUAUAUAGCAGGUUCAUAUCAACUUUCAUUAUUUCCGUAAAUGAUGUUUUGGUUUAUUGAUGUCUUAAAAGUAGAAUAUAUUUUAAUUAUGCCAUUACUUUAAUUGUUUUUUAAAAUGGUUUGAAAAUUCAGUUAAUUUUAUAAUUUUAUAUUUGCAGAAUAUUUGAUAAAUAACACAGUAAUAUAUUGAGGUACAAAUUAAAAAUGAUUAUAGUAUGUAUAAAAACAAUUUCUGUAUUCAAAGACUUAUUAUAUUUAUGAAAAUAUGUUUAAUAAUAUAUUUAAAAUGGCUUAAAUCUA